UUCACACGUCAGAAACCGGAACUCGUUGUUCUGCCACAUCGUUCGGAGUUCGAGAGUGUCCGAUUCCUUUUUCCGGUCGCCAUCGUCUUUAUAGGCAAAAUGGUGCGUAUAGACGUUCUGGCGGACGCCCUCAAGUCCAUCAACAAUGCUGAAAAGCGAGGCAAGAGACAAGUUUUGCUCAGGCCGUGCUCUAAAGUAAUCGUCAAGUUCUUGACAGUGAUGAUGAAGCAUGGUUAUAUAGGGGAAUUCGAAAUCGUGGACGACCAUCGAGCCGGCAAGAUCGUAGUCUUCCUCAACGGUCGACUCAACAAGUGCGGUGUGAUCAGUCCACGCUUUGACGUGCAGUUGAAAGACACUGAAAUGUGGAUGCGCAACCUUCUACCAUCUAGGCAGUUUGGGUACAUUGUGCUGACCACUUCUGGAGGCAUCAUGGACCACGAAGAGGCCAGGAGGCGGCACCUGGGUGGGAAGAUUCUGGGAUACUUCUUUUGAAGAAUAUAAAAAGACUUGCUUCA